AUGGUGCUGGUGUCGCUGCCCUCCUCGCUCCGGCUGACCACCGAGAGCUUUUGCAGGCAGGCUCUGCCUGCACGGGCAGAGCCCCGCUGCGCUUACCCGUGCGUGUUCUGGAGCAAGCUGGAGCUUUGCUGGCCAAGACUAGUAGUGCAAAAGAAGCAGAUGAUAUCAAGAAAGCUAUUUCUUCAGCUGGGUGGAGCUUCCUUUAUUUUCUCCUGCACCUCUGCAGCCGAGAAGGAGAUGGGAGGAGCGGAGCAAAGGGAGAAGCAAUACCGAGCCCAUCGGGGAUUUGGGGAUCGCCGCGGUGGGGUCAUCAGCGCCCGCACGUAUUUCUACGCCGAUGAGGCCAAGUGUGACCAGCACAUGGAGACUUUCCUCCACUGCAUCGACGCCUCCAGUGGCAGCUCGGAGGACGGCUUCUCGGCCGUCAAGCUGACGGCGCUGGGCAGACCUCAGUUCCUGCUGCAGUUCUCGGAGGUGCUGGUAAAGUGGCGGAGGUUCUUCCACCAAAUGGCCGCGGAGCAGGGCCAGGCUGGGCGGGCAGCACUGGAGAUGAAGCUGGAGGCAGAGAAGCUCCAGGAGGCCCUGGCCAAACUUGGCAUCGCAACCAAGGCGGAGAGCCAGCACUGGUUCACGGGCGAGAACCUGGGUGUGAGCGGCACUGUGGACCUGCUGGACUGGAACAGCCUGAUUGACAGCCGCACCAAGAUCUCCAAGCUGCUGCUUGUCCCCAACAUGCAGACUGGGCAGCUGGAGCCUCUGCUCUCACGCUUCACUGAGGAGGAGGAUCUGCAGAUGAAGCGGAUGCUGCAGCGGAUGGAUGUCCUUGCCAAGAGAGCCGCGGAGAAGGGUGUGAGGCUGAUGGUGGACGCAGAGCAGAGCUACUUCCAGCCAGCCAUCAGCCGCCUCACCCUGGAGAUGCAGCGCCGCUUCAACAGGGAUCGGGCAAUCAUCUUCAACACCUACCAGUGCUACCUGAAGGAGGCUUAUGACAACGUGACAGUGGACGUGGAGCUGUCGCGCCGGGAGGGCUGGCACUUUGGUACCAAGCUGGUCCGUGGUGCCUACAUGGAGCAGGAGCGGGCGAGGGCGGCCCAGAUUGGCUAUGAGGAUCCCAUCAACCCCACCUAUGAGAAGACCAAUGAGAUGUACCACAGGUGCCUGGACUAUAUCCUGGAGGAGAUCAAGCACAGCUGGAAAGCCAACGUGAUGGUGGCAUCUCACAAUGAGGACACGGUGAAGUUCACCCUGCGCAGGAUGAUGGAGCUUGGGAUCCAUCCCUCAGAGAAGAAGGUGUGCUUCGGGCAGCUCCUGGGCAUGUGUGACCAGAUCACCUUCCCCCUGGGUCAGGCCGGCUUCCCCGUCUACAAGUACGUACCCUACGGGCCGGUGAACGAGGUGCUGCCCUACCUGUCCCGCAGGGCCCAGGAGAACAGGGGCUUCGUGCAGAGGGCGAACCGGGAGCGGGACCUUCUCUGGAGGGAGGUCAAGAGGAGGCUUCUUGCGGGCACCUUCUUCAGCCCCAACCACUAA